UUCCUUUGUCUUAUUGCUUUCUUCUUCUAGUUUAUCAAUUGUAGAUUUCUUUAAAGGUACAAUUUGAUAAAGCGUAUAUAUGUCAGUAAGUUCAGAAAAUUGAAUAAGGGAAAACUUUCUAUUGAGUCCAUAUAUAAAAAAUGAGACUUGAAAGGUAAUCCAUUAUUUUCUAUAGAAGUGUUAUUGUAAAAUAAACUGGCUUAUACGAUGAUAGAGAGUUCCUAGUUGGUUUGAAUUAUAUCGAACUUUCAGUUUCUUCCUGGUACGUGAGGGGAAAGUACUUGGUACGUGAGGAGAAAGAAGUCUUGAAUAUAUAAACGUUUUCACACCGUUGACUUAAUUUUGUGAUUCUUUGUAGUCUUGAAGUCUUUAAGUCUUUAAGUCUUUAAGUCUUGAAGUCGUUGGUUUCAUUUUCUGAUUCUUUGAAUUUGUUAUCAUCCUGGACCACCACAAGAAGUUGCGUUCUUUUUUCUGUACGAUUUUGAAAUAGUUCAAAAGACCACACUGCUUUGAAUGAUUCCAAGGUCAAGUGAGAUUGACCUUUACUAUAUUUAGUCUGCAUUACGUUAUGGGGAUUUCUCAUAGGAAUACAGAAGAAGAAAAAAGCUUCAAGCUUCAAUGGAACAUGUCAGUUUUUUCUUCUUUGCCUGUGUCCUAACAUUUGUACCAUUUAUCGCCUUAGCUCAGAAGGAUACCUAUGAGUUUCCUCCAACGUUCACCUGUGUAGCUCGUGGAGGAAACUUCACGGUCAACAGCAAUUUUGCCGGCAAUCUGGACGGCCUUGUCUCCUCUCUUUCUUCACUCACACCCAAAGCUUAUGGCUUCUACAACCUUUCUUCUGGUGACUCAUCUGGAGAAAGAGCUUAUGCAAUUGGUCUGUGUAGAAGAGAAGUCAAAAGAGAUGAUUGUCUCAGCUGUAUUCAGAUAGCUGCAAGAAACCUCACUGAGCAGUGUCCACUGACAAAACAAGCUGUUGUGUGGUACACGCACUGUAUGUUUCGUUACUCGAACAAGACAAUCUAUGGAAUAAAAGAGACGACCCCAAAUCUGUCAUUUAUUGCGGGCACAAACAUAUCAGCAAACAGAGAUGAGUUUGUUCGUCUGCAGCUAGAGCUUUUGGACAAACUCAAAGGGAUAGCAGCAGCUGGUGGGCCGAAUAGGAAAUAUGCUCAAGGGAGCGGUUCGGGUGUGACGGGAUACCCGAGAUUCUACGGAAGUGCGUAUUGUACACCGGAUUUGUCUGAACAGGAUUGUAAUGAUUGUUUAGUUUUUGGGUUUGAGGAUAUCCCACGUUGUUGUUAUGGUCGGAUUGGUCUUAGGUGGUUGUCUCCUAGUUGUAACUUCAGAUUUGAGACUGGGAGGUUCUAUGAGUUUGAUGCCGAUCUAGAGUCUGAUCCACCUGCAAUUCAGCCUGUUGAUUCACCAACAUCAGCUGCAAGAAUUGAGAGAACAGGAAAGGGCAGAGGUGGAUCUAAAGUCAUUAUCGCAAUAAUUAUCCCAAUAGUUCUUAUUGCGUUAUUUGCAAGUUUCCUAUGCUUGGUCUUGUAUUGGAAGAAGAACAACAAGUCUGUAGGUAGAUUCAAAGAGAAUGAGUUCUCAGAUUCACUGCUAGUUAACUUCGAAACUUUAAAGGAAGCAACAGAUAACUUUUCACCAGAAAACGAACUUGGACGUGGUGGAUUUGGCUCAGUUUAUAAGGGUGUGUUGUCUGGUGGGCAAGAAAUCGCGGUGAAAAGAUUAUCGUGUACUUCAGGACAAGGAGACGUUGAAUUCAAGAACGAAAUUUUACUACUUGCAAAGCUUCAACAUAGGAACUUGGUGAGGCUUUUAGGUUUCUGCAUAGAAGGACAAGAAAGAAUCCUUGUCUAUGAGUUCAUCAAGAACGCUAGUCUUGACAAUUUCAUUUUCGAUAUUGAGAAGCGUCAAUAUUUGGAUUGGGGAGUACGAUACAAAAUGAUUGGAGGAGUAGCUAGAGGACUUCUUUAUCUACAUGAAGACUCUCGUUUCCGGAUAAUUCACCGUGAUCUGAAAGCUAGCAACAUUCUUUUGGACCAACAAAUGAAUCCGAAAAUCGCAGAUUUUGGUUUAGCUAAACUCUUUGACACAGACCAAACUUCGACAAAUCGAUUCACAAGCAGAAUUGCAGGAACCUAUGGGUAUAUGGCUCCAGAAUACGCGAUGCACGGACAAUUCUCGGUGAAGACAGACGUUUUCAGCUACGGUAUAUUAGUCAUUGAGAUCAUUACGGGAAAGAGAAACAACAAUGGUCGAUCUAAUAAUGAUGAAGAUGCAGAAAAUCUCCUUAGUUGGGUAUGGAGAGGCUGGCAAGACGACACUAUACUAAGCGUGAUCGAUGCCAGUUUAACUACGGGAUCAAGAAACGAGAUCUUGAGGUGCAUACACAUUGGUCUUUUAUGUGUUCAAGAAAGUUCAGCGACUAGACCAACAAUGGAUUCGGUUGCUCUUAUGCUCAACAGCGAUUCUUAUACUCUCCCAACGCCUUCUAGGCCUGCGUUUGUGGUAGAGAGUAGUGUCAUGCCCUCGAAUGUUUCUUCUUCGACAGAGCCGUUACUAAUGUCGUCGAAUGAUGUCACUGUUUCUGAGUUAUCUCCUCGUUAGGGAGCUCAAUCUUCAAUUCUACUCAGAAAGCCUGUAAACGGCUUUUGUUUCUGUGAA